CAAAUUAUUUGGAAAGCUUGCCGCGUAGUCCAUCAAUGAGCGUUUCGAUGUCACUGGUACAGGGUGGUGCUGCCGGUGGUGCGCCACAGGGCGCCAGCGCAAUCUUGGCCGCAGCGGCUCCCUAUUAUCAACCUCCAGCGGUUCCUCAGGAUGUUCAACCGGAUCGUCCCAUCGGCUAUGGAGCAUUCGGCGUUGUCUGGGCCGUCACAGAUCCUCGGGAUGGACGACGCGUGGCCUUGAAGAAGCUGCCAAAUGUGUUCCAAUCGUUGGUCUCAUCGAAACGCGUUUUUCGCGAACUGAAAAUGCUAUGCUUUUUCAAGCACGAGAACGUUCUUUCGGCCCUGGACAUUCUACAGCCACCGCAUUUGGAUUUCUUUCAAGAAAUCUAUGUGAUAACGGAGCUGCUGCAAUCGGAUCUGCAUAAGAUAAUCGUGUCGCCGCAGCAUUUAUCCGCUGACCACAUCAAGGUGUUCCUCUACCAGAUCCUGCGCGGCCUCAAGUAUCUGCACUCGGCCCGCAUCCUGCAUCGUGACAUUAAGCCCGGCAAUUUGCUGGUCAACUCGAAUUGUGUCCUGAAGAUCUGUGACUUUGGACUCGCGCGUGUCGAGGAGCCGGAUCAGGCCAAGCACAUGACCCAGGAGGUGGUCACCCAGUACUAUCGUGCUCCCGAAAUCUUAAUGGGCGCUCGUCACUACUCCUCGGCGGUGGAUGUGUGGUCGGUGGGUUGCAUUUUUGGUGAGCUGCUCGGUCGCCGCAUCCUGUUCCAGGCGCAGAAUCCUGUCCAGCAAUUGGAGCUGAUCACCGAGUUGCUGGGCACACCCACCAUGGAGGAUAUGCGGCAUGCCUGCGAGGGUGCACGCACCCAUAUGUUGCGACGCGCCCCCAAGCCGCCCUCGUUUUCGGUGCUCUACACACUCAGCUCACAUGCCACACACGAGGCUGUGCACCUGCUCUGCCAGAUGCUCGUCUUUGAUCCGGACAAGCGCAUUUCUGUAACAGAUGCCUUGGCGCAUCCGUAUCUGGAUGAGGGUCGUCUUCGCUAUCAUUCAUGCAUGUGCAAAUGCUGCUUCACUACCUCGGCCGGAAUGCGCCAAUAUACAGCUGAUUUUGAGCCCUCCGCUGGUCAGCCCUUUGAUGAUCUUUGGGAGCGUAAGCUAACCUCUGUGCAGCAGGUCAAGGAGGAGAUGCACAAAUUCAUAGCCGAGCAGCUGCAAACGGGUCGAGUGCCGCUCUGUAUUAAUCCGCAGAGUGCGGCCUUCAAGAGCUUUGCCAGCUCGACUGUGGCACAUCCUUCGGAGCUGCCGCCGUCGCCUCAUCAGUGGGAAUGACGGCAAAAUGAGGCGAUUGCUGCCUAAAAUCGAAACAAAAGCAACAACUCAGCCAAAUGAUAAACACACUCGCCGAAAGAAAGGAGAAAGGAGGUGACUCCAGAUCCGAAUCCACAUUAAAUAAAUAAAUAAAAAACCCCACACAGGAUCCCCUACCCCCAAAAAAACCAACCGAAUAAGGAUGCAGCCAGGAACAACGAUGGAAUUAGAAUUUUGUGAGGCGCCAAAAUGGCUUUUAAGCUGGCGCUAAAUGCCUGCUUAAGGGUUGAAAGCAUUCCACCACCGAAAUUAACUUAAAGAAAACAGAAAAUAUUUAAUAGUAACUGUAGACGAAACAAAUAUGUAACGUAACUCAACUGAAACUAGUCUAAAAAACAAACAAAACUGUUAGUUAAAGCAGCAGCAGAGACACAAAACCAGCAAGUUUAAAGUGAAAGCAUAAUUAGUACGCAUUACAAGCAAAAGCGUAGAAUCUAUAUUAAAAAACAUACAAAAAAUUAUAUUCUCGGCAACAAAGCAAAACACACAUUUUGUUGUUGCUUUUGACAAAAAUUGAAAGAAUUUGAUCGAAAUUUCAAGCUAAAAAUUAAUACAAAAAAACACACAAAAUCGCGUUUUAUGUUUAAGCUUAAAGAAACUCUAUGUAUAUGUAAAUUAAUUAGCAAACACACACACACACAGACAA